UCUAGUCUUGAAACAGUUGUGCAUGCGAGGUCCGUUCUGCCCAUUUCAUAGCGAAAUCCUCUUUUGUUCCCACGAAGGACGAGGCUAGCAAUCCUCAUUUUGUCAGCAUAGAGGUAGACACGAGCCAAACCUGCUCGACUUAGUGGAGAAUGGCAGCGGAUGCCGAGUUCACGAUUUCCGUCGGUGCCAAUUUCCGCCAGGCCUCUUUCGAUUGCAUUACGCUCAAGAUCGGCGAAGAAGUGAAGAUCAUUUCGGACAUAGAGUCCGGCUUGUAUGGCAGUGUGGCAAAGGGAAAGCAUAUUCCGACCGGUUGCCCAGUUGCAGUGAAGCGGGCAAAUCCGUUAAAGUCGGCGGCGUUUGCUGAGAUCAACAGAGAGCUGCAAGCGUUAAGCAUACUAAGGCACCCUGGCAUUCCACAGCUAUUCGAAGCGUACCAAACUAAUUUCGGCUAUUUCCUGGUGAUGGAGUUAAUCGAAGGCGAAACCUUAUACAGCACGGCGAAUAGCGUAUGGCCCGGCAGCGAACCACUGGCCUCCAAGAUUUUCAUGCAGUUAGCCGAUGUCCUGCACUAUUUACACUCUUCUGGAGGAGUACACAGGGAUCUGCAUGCUCGCAACAUCAUGAUCACGCCAAAAGAAGAGGUAAAGCUUAUAGAUUUUGGGCAUUGCCUGAAAAUCGAUGAUGUGCGUGUGAAAAGGAUGGGCGGAUAUAGCAGCAAGAAAGCUCCAGAGAGGAUGUUUGAGGAUCGUCCGAUGGGAGCCUCCGGGGAGGUAUUUAGUCUAGGGAGGUUGAUGUACAAAUACAUGUGUGACGGCACCGAACCAUUCCCAGACGAGGAGAAUGUUGUCAAGCUGAUCAAAGUGAUGCAGGCUCCACCACGGCAGACAUACCCAUUCCGACGCCUGUCUCCAGAUGCUCAAAACAUUAUCCGGGCGUGUCUUGCAUUCCGAGUGGAGGAUCGAAUUACGCUUCCGGCGUUUUUGGAACAUCCCUUCAUCAUGAAGGCUCGGGAAACCCUCGGCGUUAGAAGGGCCGCAGAAGCACCACGCUACAUGGAUCACGUGUCCAAUGAUCCGAUUGAGGAAAUUGUCCAAGAAACCAAGGCCCUUCACGAAAAGAGGAAGACAGAUACUCAGGAAGACGAAACGGAUGUGUUGGAAAUAGUAGAAGAGCAGCUACAGACUCCCGAGUUGAUGACAUACAACAUAUUAAAGUACAAAGCAUUGAAGGACGGUAUAUCGUGCGUUGGUGAGGCAACGCCCCUGAAGGGCGGUGUAUCCUGCUUGGUUGAGGCAGCGUGCCAGAAGGACGGUAGUGCUCAGGAGACAGGAACGUCUAAUUGACUAUCGUGCAUUUUGCCUAACUCACGUUCACUAAACUCCACCUUUCAUUGCAACCGUCUCUGUUCUCCUUUCCUUUACUUUUCUUCCGUUUCGUUUUUUGUUAUCAUCUAGUUGUCUACCUCAUAGUGGCAUCAUUCAAACAAAACCACUCCUUAUCUGGUCAUCCACUUAAAAGUAAAGACAACAACGCCAACAAAAAAACAAUAAAAAACAUAAUUUUUUCUUUCAAAACGCUACUUUGCAUAAAUGUGGUGUACGUCAUCUGUAUGGUUGGUGCUCGC